UAUUAAAAUAAUUUUAUAUACAAAUUAAAAGCUAAUAGAAUUUGAAAUUUACACAUAAGAUUCGAUUCAGAAAUACUGUAAGAUAAGCUUGAUAACACUGAUGCCGAGUCACUUAUCGUUACCUAUUUAUUGUUGCGUUGCGAAUUAAAACCGACAGUCAUAGAUUAGAACUAUGAUAUUGCAAAUUUUAUCAUUUGAUGCAAUAUCACAAUGUCUUUUGCGGGAAAAGUUGUUUUAAUAACAGGAGCCAGCUCAGGAAUUGGAGCUGCAACGGCUAUUCAUAUGGCUCAGCUUGGUGCAUCAUUAUCAAUAACUGGACGUAACAAACAUAACUUAGAUAAAGUAGCUGAACAUUGUCGACAGUCUCAGCCGCUUAUUAUAACGGGAGAAUUAACUAAUGAAAAGGAUGUAAAAAAUAUCAUCGAUUUGACAAUCAAGCACUAUGGUAAAUUAGAUGUUUUAGUUAAUAAUGCUGCAAUUUUGGAGAUGGGUAGUAUAGAAAACAAGCUGGAGCAAUAUGAUAAUAUUUUCAACGUUAACGUUCGUUCGGUAUACCAAUUGACAAUAUUGGCAGUGCCACACUUAAUUAAAACAAAGGGGAAUAUUGUCAACGUUUCUAGUAUAGGUGGAUUACGAUCUUUUCCUGAUGUUUUGGCGUACUGCAUGAGUAAAUCAGCUGUGGAUCAAUUUACACGUUGCAUUGCUUUAGAAUUGGCGUCAAAACAAGUGCGUGUAAAUGCCGUAAAUCCUGGCGUUAUAAUAACCCAUCUCCAUGAAAGAAGUGGAAUGAAUCAAGAGCAGCUUAAAAGUUACUUCGAAUAUGCCAAAAAGUUGCAUGCGCUAGGACGAACGGGUGACGUUUCAGAAGUUGCAAAAGCUAUCGCAUUUCUAGCGAGCGACAAUGCCAGUUUUAUCACAGGUGCGACAUUGCCUGUGGAUGGAGGUAGACAUGCCAUGUGUCCUCGUUAAAAAAAGUCUAAUGUUGCUUUUAUAAAUACGGUGUAUUUUAAUAUAUAUGCAAACCAUGUUAUACAAAUCCCAUUUGUAAGUAAUAUAUUAACGAAAA